AUGUCGCAACGCUCCAACGGCCCGUAUCAACUCAUCUACUGGCCCGAGAUACCCGGCCGUGGAGAAUUCAUACGACUGGCCUUAGAGGAAGCCGGGGCCGACUAUACCGACACUGCACACGAAGAAGAUGGAAUUAACACCGUACUAUCACUCAUUGAUAAGAACUACGAGGGCGAUCAGUCUGGCCCUCCACCGUUCGCACCGCCCAUUCUCAAGCAUGGUGAUCUGCGGAUCAGCCAGACACCCAAUAUUCUGCUCUACCUGGCCCCGCGGCUCGGUCUGACGCCAGAUGGGGACGCCAUCUAUCAAGUCAACUCGCUCGCUCUCACGGCCCUCGAUGGGUUCAGCAAUGAGACUCACGACACGCACCAUCCCAUUGCCCCGGAACUCUACUAUGAGGAUCAAUUGGAGGAGAGCAAGCGGAAGUCGGAGUCCUACCGGAAGAAUCGUCUGCCCAAGUUCCUCUCCUAUUUCGAGCGGGUGUUGAAGCCCCAGGCGGCACAGGGCCGUCCGUGGCUGUAUGGUACGACGUUGACAUAUGCAGACCUUGUUCUUUUCCAGGGCAUUGAUGGUCUCAAGUUUGCAUUCCCUCGAGCACUUAACCGACUGGAAAAGUCGGGUGAAUAUGCAAAUGUUUUCAAGCUCUACGAAGCUGUAAAGAACCGGCCUCGCAUCAAGGAGUAUCUCGCAAGUGACAGGAGACAGAAAUACUCGCUGGGUAUCUAUCGACACUAUCCGGAAUUGGAUGAUACUGAGUAG